CAUAAAUAGACCACCCCAUUUCUCACUCACACUAACCACAGCUCCACCUCCACUUGCUCCUGAUCAAGCUUUCUCUCGGCCGCACCUCGCCAGCCAUCAUGGAGGCAGUAGAGUGCGCUAAGUGCGAGUGCUGCGAGCUGCGGGAGGACUGCACCCGGGACUACAUCCUCGGCGUGCGGGCGGCCUUCGGCGGGCGGUGGCUCUGCGGGCUCUGCUCGGAGGCGGUGCGGGACGAGGCGGCCAGGGUGAGGACGAAGAGAGGCGGUGGCGCAGCCGCAGCAGGGCUGGAGGAAGCUGUCAAGGACCACAUGGCCUUCUGCGGCAAGUGCAGGAGGAACCCCGCGUUCCGGGUGGCCGACGGCAUGCGGCAGAUGCUGCGGAGGCGGUCCAACUGA